CCUGUCAUACAAGUAUGCAGUAUGUAAACAUUGUUCUUUGCAUCAUCAUAAAAAUGAAACAAAAUUAUCUCAAUCAUUGCAGGAUUAUUGAUACAUGGAAUAUUUUGAUUUUUCACUUUAUUUUAACAACUAUUUUUUUUAUAAAACUAAGAUUAAUUAUGAGACGGCCGAGAGACAAAAACAGUUCAAUUGGAAUUUUUAACCUCAAAAACACGUGCUGUUUUUACAAUAAUUGAUUAUUUGAUCGAUGAAUGGAUUAUGGAUUUUGCUUUUAUAAAAAUGUCACCAAUUAAGAUCGCAGUUGAAGAUCAAUCAAGAAAAAAGGGCGAUGAAACUUUUCCCAUAAAUUUGAAAAUAUACGAAAUUCAACGUAAUAUUUAAUAUAUAUUUAUAAUAAAAAAAAAAAAACUACACAUUAAUGAACGGAAAUAAUGAGAAUUUAUCAAAUUUGGUGUCAAACGAGGAAAAAAAAUUCGACAACAAUGAAGAGGAAAAAAUUCUCAAUAAUGAGAAUAGCAAUAAAGAAAAAAUUUUAUCCAUAGAACCAAAUAAUAAUAAUCUAGAACCGGAUAAAAAAGUUAUUGAUGAAUUAUUAGAGUCAAAAGAUAAUGAUGAUGAUGAUGAAGUGAAUAUAUUUAUUCCUCCAACACUUGAAGAAAGAUUUUUACGAAUUAAACAAAUAGUGAAGGACGCAAUAGCUGCUCAUCAUACAUUCAUGGUUUAUGGAAGAUCAAAAGUUGUACGAGAAUGUUUAUUAAAAAGAGGCUGGUGUGAAAAAUUCUAUCGAAAACCUAAUAGUGCGGAACAAUUUUUAAAUGUUGACUCGAGUCCAGUUGCACUUUUAUUUGGAAUUGGCAAUCUCACCGAUCAACAAAGUGAAAGACAAUUAAUUUCAAAAAUGCUCAGUAAUCAUCCCGUUGAUUUUUUAUGGAAUGCAGGUUCCGAAUGGCCAGGUUGGCCAUCACAAGAUAAUAAAACGACAAUUUUUAACCGAUAUUCCAGAGCUGGUUUCACAUCCAAGGUGGGCCUGUGUUCGAACGUUAGACAAAUGCAUUGGUAUUAUGAAGCAGGUGUGGCAAAUACUCUUUUUCCACGAUGUUAUAACUUGUGCCAAGGCGAUCAAAUGCACGCUUUUAUCGAAGAUUUUCGAUUGACAGCGUGCUUUGGACUGCUGAAAUGGUUGGUUGAUAAAAUCAACACCGAGGGUGAAAAUUCCGCGAGGUCACCAACAGGUACGAUACCUUUAAAAGCACUAGAUUUUGCUAUCAGAAGAUGUAGCGAUUAUAUUGGAGCACAAUCACAUGAGGAUAUUGAUCAAGAGACCGAGAGAGUAUGGUCACAUCAAUGGGAUCAAUUUAUCUGUUGGUAUUACAAAAUUAUUCAAAAUCAAGCUCUCUUUGUUUGCAACAAUGUCCCUUUUCAAAAAUAUUUUCUUGCCUCUCGUCAUGUUUUAAAAAAGGCUAAAAAAUAUUGGCCACAAUUGGAUAUGGAUGGAAUAUUAAAUAUUUGGAUUUUAAAACCAGGCUAUAAAAGUCGUGGACGAGGAAUUGUAUUGAUGAAUAAAUUAGAGGAUGUCUUGGUAAAAGUUAAUCCAGCAAAUAAAACCGAUAUUCGUUUUGUUGUUCAGAAAUAUAUAGAAAGACCACUUUUAAUCCACGAUACAAAAUUUGAUAUUCGGCAAUGGUUCAUGAUAACGUGUGCUCAACCCUUAACUCUAUGGCUGUACAAAGAAAGCUAUCUGCGAUUUUGUUCUCAAAAAUUUACAUUAUCUGAUUUCCAUGAAUCCAUACAUCUUUGCAAUCAUGCUGUGCAAUGUAAAUAUACGAAUUGCACUGAUAGAAAUUCUGCACUGCCAAAUGACAAUAUGUGGGACGUAGCUACAUUUAAGGAAUUUUUAAAAACCAAAGGUCACAGUGAAGCAUGGGACGAAUUAAUAUAUCCUGGAAUGAAACAGGGUUUAGUGGGUUCACUUUUGGCGAGCCAAGAGGCUAUGGAUCGAAGAAGAAAUAGUUUUGAACUUUAUGGUGCUGAUUUUAUGGUAAUGGAUGAUUUUUCCGUUUGGUUGAUUGAAAUUAACAGUCAUCCCGAUAUGAGUAAUUCAAGUGCUGUCACUACCAGAUUAUGUCGACAAGUGAUGGAAGACGUCAUAAAAGUUGUGAUCGAUUUUCGAGAAGAUAAAAAUGCAGAAACAGGACAAUUUGAAUUGUCUUACAAGCAGAGAAUGCCAAGUUGUCAACCGUAUUUAGGCGCUGCUUUAUCAUUACAAGGAACAAAAAUCACAACUUUCGAUAGAAAACCUGGUUCUUCACCUCAGGAUUCAAAAUCUCAUAUAAUGUCCAAAUCACCGAUGGUAAAUUUAUCGCAAAAAAAAUCAAAUGUUCAUAGUCACAUUGGUCCAAUUAUUAUUGAUCUAAUUGAGGAAUUAGAAAUUCAAUUGGAUAAGGAAUUUUCAUCUUAUUAUAAAGAAGAAGUUGAAAAAGAUACACUGCCAAUAUUGGAAUUUCCUCCAAAAUCAACAACUAAUUCUGAAACGAUGCUUAUGGAAAAAAAUAUAAAAAAUCUUGACGUUACCACAACUACAGCUGACAAUCAUGUUAAAAUCAAAACCCCCAUUUCCCAGACAAAUUCGUCAAAAAGUCGAACUCCAUCUAAAACACCGACACGAAGAAAUACGGAAAAAUUAUUGUAUAAUGUUUUAGAAAAUCAACGAGCAAAAUCAGAAGUUCCUCCACUGAAGCCUUCGAUAAUUUCGAAAAAUGUUCAACUUCAAAAACAAGCUGCUAAAUCUGCCUCGCCAUCAAAAUAUUUAAAAUUAUCACCCAAAAACAAGCAUAAUAAUGACGAAAAGAUAAUUCGUUCGGCGGUGAAAAAAGCAAUGAAAAAAUAUAAAAGAAAUAUUUUACAACCAGAAGUGCCUCAAUUACCAUCACUUGUGUCUCCUUUACUUUCAAAAAAAUUGAAUAACACAUCGUCCGAAAAAGGGAAAAUUCAGAAAAGACAAUAUACAAAAACAAAAAAAAUUGUAACUGACGUUAAUGAUAUUUACGCCGUUGGUCAAGGAAUUAAAGAAUAAAUUCUAUCGCUUCCAAAAUAAUAAUGUUCAAGCUAAGAAAUGAAAAUAUUUAAAAAUAUAUAUCUAUAUAUUUCAAAUUAUUUAAAUUAAGAAAUAUUUUUCUCUAUAAUAAAAUUAUUAUUGUUAAUACUUCUUUAAUUCUAUUAUAUAAAAAUUUAUUUUUGAAAUUUGCAGUCAAUAAAAAAUUCU